UUAUUCGUUUUCUUCUUCUUCUUCCUUCGUCGGUCGUCGUCUUCAUUGAAGCUUCAAAGAAACCCUUCAAAUCUUCUCUCUCUAUCUCUCUAUUUCUCAAUACCCAUCUCUCAAAAUCCUAAUUUAUCCAUACAAUAUCCUAAUCAGAGUUCAAUUUUAGGUUUUUAUUUGAAAACAUCAAUCUAGGUUUUCGUUUUCUGAAUUUCUGGAUCUAUUUGAAAGGAAAUUUAUCGUUUGAUGCAAGAAGAAUCUCAAUUUGGGUGAAAUCAAUGGCUGUUUCGUUCAAACAAGGUCUUUUAGUUUCUGGGUAUCAUGAGGGUAUCGUUAGAGAAAACGAUUACAGAGGUGUUCAUAGAUUCUAUCCUUCUAAUGGUUCUGUUCACUCAAGUAAUGAUUUUCUUGGAAAACCCAUAUCAAUUUCAGAUCAAAAGGGUUCGAGAAACUUCUCUGUUCAGGCGCAAUCUUCAAUUGGUAUAAGCAAAUUUAUGAGAUGGUGGGAGAAAACUUGUACACCUAAUAUGAUUGAGAUUCAUUCAGCUCAAGAACUUGUUGAUUCUUUGUUGAAUGCUGGUGAUAGAUUGGUUAUAGUUGAUUUCUAUUCCCCUGGUUGCGGUGGUUGUAAGGCUUUACAUCCAAAGAUCUGUCAACUGGCUGAGAUGAAUCCUGUCAAUAUCUUGAAAGUAAACUAUGAAGAACUGAAGAAAAUGUGUUAUAGUCUCCAUAUACAUGUUCUUCCCUUCUUCAGAUUCUAUAGAGGUUCAGAAGGGAAACUUUGUAGCUUCAGCUGUACUAAUGCAACCAUUAAGAAAUUCAAGGAUGCAUUGGCGAAACAUGGGGUAGAAAGAUGUAGUAUUGGACCUACAAAGGGUUUAGAUGAAUCUGAUCUUCUAAAACUGGCGGCGGCCGGUGAGAUUUCAAUGAAGAACAACAAGGUUUCAAUUGGAUCAGAUAAUAAAAAUGCAAGUUUUGGGGGAGAUUUGGUAAUUAAUGGCGGAUAUGUCGGCAGCAAACAUGAAGAAUUGAAGUUGUGUUGAUUUAUUUGAAGAGGCUUAUCUUGAUCUUCAUUGUAAUAGGAUUAAAUUAAUAUCAAUUAUUGUUAUUAUUGAUAUGAUUCUUGAAGGUUUGUUUUCUUUUGAUAGAGUUUAUUUAAUAAUGAAAAUGUGAAUAGUUAGGGUUUAUUUUGUGAAGAAGAAGAAGAUUUAAUGUUUCUGGUUUUUUAUGGAUUAACCCAGAUUUUUAGA